AUGUUCAACUUUACUCCUCUUCUGGGCGCGCAGAGCUCGUCGCCAGCGUCGCAGUCAUUGCUAGAGUUCGAUGGAGGCAUACAGAUCUUGAUCGAUGUUGGUUGGGACGAGGAUUUCAGCGUAGAGAAGCUUAAAGAAAUUGAGAGACAUGUCCCCACCCUGUCCUUCAUCCUACUUACUCACGCGACCACUGCGCAUCUCGGAGCCUACGUACACUGUUGCAAGAACUUCCCUUUGUUCACACGAAUACCCGUCUACGCGACAAACCCCGUUAUAUCUCUCGGCCGAACGCUACUACAAGACUUGUACGAAUCCACGCCGCUUGCAUCAUCGAUAAUCCCCGCCGAAGCCCUCAGCGAGUCCGCAUACUCCUUCUCUUCGGCACUGAAGGGCGGGAAGAAUCCUAACAUUCUUCUUCAAGCGCCUACGUCGCAAGAAAUUGCCGAUUACUUCGCCCGCAUCAACCCCCUUCGAUACUCGCAACCACAUCAGCCUAUUCCUUCACCUCAUUCGCCUCCACUCAACGGUCUAACAAUCACCGCAUACAGUGCUGGGCACACUUUAGGAGGUUCAAUAUGGCACAUACAGCAUGGUAUGGAGUCGGUCGUCUAUGCCGUCGACUGGAACCAGGCUAGGGAGCAUGUCCUCUCUGGAGCUGCUUGGCUUGGAGGACCCGGCACUGGUGGCUCUGAAGUCUUGGAACAAUUGCGUCGUCCAACUGCCUUGAUCUGCAGUAGCAAGAACACCGGUAUGGUUAAGGUGGCCAGAUCGCCCAACAAGCGAGACGAAGCCCUCCUUGAGAUGAUCCAGGAUACAGUAGCCAAGGGUGGAACCGUACUGAUCCCAUCUGACUCAAGUGCACGUAUACUUGAACUGGCAUAUCUCCUUGAAGAGACAUGGGAGCGGGAGGCAACAAACACGGAGGGUGUCGGUGCACUACGAAGCGCAAAAGUCUACCUAGCGAGUAGGACGGGUGGUGCAACAAUGCGCUACGUGCGGAGUAUGUUGGAGUGGAUGGAGGAGGGCAUUGUGAAGGAAUUUGAAGCCAGCGCUGCCGAUCAAGAUCGAAGGAAUAAGAACGGAAAAGAAGAAGAUCGAGCGAGAGUCCCGUUCGACUUCAAGCACAUAACGUUGGUCGAGCGUAAGACACGUGUAGCUCGCAUGCUGGGCACUACUGGACCGCGAGUGAUUUUGGCAAGCGAUGCUACGCUCGAGUGGGGAUUCUCAAAAGAUGCUAUACGGAGCCUGGCCGCUGAUGAGAAGAACUUGGUCAUACUUACGGAAAGAGCUGGUCAACUGGGCGCUCAGAAGAAGGGCCUCGGUAGAUAUCUCUGGGAGCUGUGGAACCAGCGCAACGCAUCACCGGGACAAGAUGCUCCCUCUAUCACUGUAAUAGAUGCCGCAGGCGAUCAGGCGCCGCUCAACACUGUACGGGCAGUCGCACUCGAAGGUGACGAAGUUCCGCUUUAUCAGCAGUUCCUUGCCGGCCAGAGACAACGGCAAACCACCAUGGGCGGCGACAAUGCAGCCAUGCUCGAGACAUCCGCUGAUGUUGUUGACGAUCGAUCAUCAACGGAGUCGGAGAGCUCGGAAGGCUCUGGUGACGGAUAUCGAGGAAAAGCCCUCAAUGCAACCGUUGCUCUCCAACAUGCGCGAAACAAACUUGGUAUGACAGACGCGGAAUUGGGCGUCAAUGUCCUUGUACGCCGCAAGAACGUUCACGACUACGAAGUGCAAGGAAAGAAAGGAAAGGAGAAGAUGUUUCCGUUCCAGGCCAAGAAGCGUCGUGCGGAUGACUUUGGUGAUCUCAUUCGCCCUGAAGACUUUGCGCGUGCUGAAGAGGAAGACAACACUGCCGGAGAAGCUCUUCGUGGCGAGGGAGCAAAGAAGGAGAAUGCUGUUGGUCAGAAGAGGAGAUGGGAUGAUCUAUUAAACAGCGCCGACGCCAGUAAAGCCAGCGCCAAUCAGAAACGUCGAAAAGACAAGGAACUUCGAGAAGGCGAGGAUGGAGAAUCUGACAGCGAACCCGAAGACGACCCUGACAAGGUGGAGGGUCCAUCGAAAGUCAUUAUUGAAUCGGAAACCCUGGAGAUCCGGUGUCGCAUUGCCUUUGUGGACUUCUCAGGCCUACACGACCGCCGCACGAUUCAGCAGCUUAUCCCGCUUAUCAAGCCUCGCAAGCUGAUCUUCGUAGGUGGUGAGGAAGGCGAGACUCUCGAGCUCGCAGAGAUCAGUCGCAUAGCGCUGAAUGCGAAUACCGAUUCUGCCAACGCCAUCGAUGUCUUCACACCCACUGUGGGCACGAUGAUUGACGCCAGUGUCGACACGAAUGCUUGGAGCGUCAAGCUCAGCCGCAGCAUGGUGCGCAACCUCCGCUGGCAGAACGUACGUGGCAUGGGCGUUGUAGCCAUCACUGGCCGCCUCGCAGCCGCAAGCCUCGAACCUGAAGUCAAGGAAGAAGCGGACACGCCUGCGAAAAAGAAGGCCCGUCUUGACGCUCCCGCCGUCCCUGUGUCUAGCGACAAGAACGAUGAUACGCCCAUCCUCGACGUUGUCCCCACGAAUAUGGCCACCGCCGUUCGAUCCGUCGCACAACCGUUCCAUGUCGGUGAUCUUCGUCUUGCCGAUUUGAGGAAGCUCAUGAAUGCCAAUGGCAUGCAAGCGGAAUUCAGGGGCGAGGGUGUGCUAGUUAUCAACGGCACGGUGGCUGUGAGAAAGACGGCUACCGGUCAGAUUGAGAUCGAUGGAGGGGCUUAUGGUAAUCUGGAUCCAAGGAAUAACGAUGCUGCGACAUUCUCUAGGGUCAGGAGACAGAUCUACGAGGGCUUGGCCGUGGUCGCUGGAGGUUAA